AUGCCGGAUUCCAAGUCCGAUAUUGUGGACAUCCGCGAUCAUCCAGACUGGCAAAAAGGUGACUUCUCCCUGAUCUCGGCGGACGGGUGGCGAAUCAAGCUGACCAUCAGUGACACGUUUCGGGACGCUCUCAAUGCCGACAAGCCGACCAUAACUUUCACAGACCCCGAGAUGGAGAGUAAGCGUGUGCUCUCCUUCUUCGCUCGCCUCAUCUCACACCCCGCCGACAAGUCUGACACACCCAUUUUCGGCCUCGAGACGCACCUUGCCCUGAUUCGUUUCAUGCGCAAGCACGACUGCGAGCACACACUUGAAGUUUACUCCCUCUACCUCAAGGCUGCCCUUCUCUCCGAUCGCAUGCGACCAAUGGAGGCGUGGGUUCUUGGUGCCGUCUUGGACGACAGCGACAUCUGCGCCGCUGCGCUGAGGCAGGAGACGCCGCAGUUCCAGAAGGUGUACUGGCGCGCCCACUGCGCGCACCGCUACUAUGCCGCCAGCCCACAGAUCUUCAACAUCAGUGACCUGCCUCUCACCGCAUUGAGCGUUGUUCCGCCCAUACACUUGCAUGCGCUCGACAAGGUCCGCAGGAAGAACUGGGAGGAGCUAGUGCCUGAGGAGCAGCGGAAGGGGUACUCUGUCGAGAGGCUCAGUGCCCUGAAUGCGUCGCAGGAGUAUGCCGAAGUGGUGGCCCAGGUGCAAAGGCAACAGGCUGCGAAGAGAGGGGAGAGCAGAGUGUCGUCUCCCGCAGAGUCUGCUGCGAAGCGCCAGAGGACCUGA